ACCACCAACUGAAAGACCUAGCAGUGACUCUGAUCACUCUGGAACCUUGUCGACUGCGACGACCUGCUCACCACAUUCAGCUAGCCCGUCAGUGCGAAGAGACCAACACCAACCUCCCCUCCAGCAGCCGCCCCUCCUCGUGCUCUAUCAAGCUUUUAGACAGAAGGAGUGGCAUUCCUUGCUCCCUGGCUGUGAGCUCUAUUUCAACUGUUCCUGGACCUGACUCUAGCAGGAGCCCUAUGCGGGAGAAUCAAUAUGCUACUGAGGUCUCGUCGAUCUGCCUCAGCCAAGAUAGAAAUGGCCAAGGAGGGAGUGUGACACCUCCAGCCCCUUUGGAUGUUUCCCUCCCCUCCGUUAUUGAGCGGGCUGGCGUACUUGUAUGUUCCGUCAUCUCCCAGUCUUUAGCAAUUGUGGAGGCGCGGUCAAGUGUGAAUGGAGGCCACUGGCAAAUGGCAGUUGAUUCCGAUUAGGUUCAGCCCCCUGUACUGUGGGCCUGUUGUGAUCAGGAACAAUGCCGGUCCGGUGGUUAAAGCUUGGAGAACUUUCCAGUUCAUCAGCCCCAUCAUCACCUACAUGCGUGGGGGAUCCCAGCAGGUGGUGGUGAGGAUGCACCACGUGAGUAGGGUGAGAGGCCUGGAGACUCAACUGGUGUGGGCCAUCUCCAAGGAGACAGCCAGGCUUAGUCCAGAGGGCAUCCCCUACUGUGCCACCAAAGUGCAGUCCAUCACUUGGAUCCAGCGUGUGGCUGGCAGGGUGACCCACUAUGCGUCUCACCUCCGCCACGAGACGUCUGUGGACGUGACGCUUGGCUGCUACCAGCAGACUGAUGUCUCAGUGGUGUACGCCACUCUCCACAUGGGGCUGGACGGGCUUCUCUCCUCUUCAGCGUGGUCGGAGGCUGCCUCCUUCUCUACGCCCACCACUCAGCAGUUCACUGACCCAGAGCCUGAGGGCCACAACUGCUAUGAGGGCUGGGAAGAGGACCUGCUGCCUGAGGAGAGGGAGGUUCCUCUGCUAAACCUCUACCUUAUCACCAAGAGAGUGGAGGACAUCGCCCUGAGGCUCGUCUCCCUGCGCCAGGCCUUCACUACCCUGCUUGGUUCCACCCUGAGCAGGAACCGUCUGUUUGUGGCGGGAAAGGUCCUCCUGGGCGCACUGGUUCAGGCCAACCACAUGGACGAGGCCAAGUUCAUCCGUACCUAUAAGGACUUUGUGGACUACCUGAGUGACCCCUCCAAGCGGAAUGACAUUGAGAGGGAGCUGGCUGAGGCAAAGAUCCAUCAUGUGAACAUGAUAGAUGUCCUCUUUGAGCUGGUGCUGUUUGGGUUAAUGACAGCUCAGAAGUCCCUGAUGGUGCACCCUGGUGGGUUCGUGGAGCAUCUGUACGCUCUCCUGUACUCCUUCCUGCCCACUGCUGCCAACAUGGAGCCAGAGGCUGACAGAUACCUGCUGAUGCUCAAUGAUUCUUGUGACACUUUGCCACCCAACAGGGAUCUAGACACCAAUGCACUACAUUACUUUGCACUGAAUUUGACAUUUUUAAAUAAAACAAGUUGUAGUUCAAAAACAUUUUGCCUGACGCCCACUGUUGACAUGGCUGUGAUCCGAAAGGGACCAAAAAAUAUGUCAUGA